AUGUCCCGUCCUUUCUCCGGAAUCCUCCAACCGGGAGGCUCAAUGGGCGCCAACCCAGCCGCCCCAAGGCAGCUGUCCCUCACCGAGGAGCUCGAACGCCUCGAACAGUCGAUAACCCUGACAAUGCAAGAAAUCGACCGAAAUUUCUCACAAUGCCAUCGAAUAAUCACACACUCUAUAAUGCCUAUUGUCGAUAAGUAUGCCGAACACUCUCGCGACGUAUGCAACAACAUCAGUUUUUGGAAAUCUUUCUUUGAGGAUUCCGCAGAAAUCGCGCUGGGGGGUUAUGGACAGCAAGAACCUGCCCCCGCGGGGGGUAUGUCGCCACAAAACGAGACUACCUAUGAAGAAAGCCAAACUCAAGGAGAAUAUGGGCAAACCGAAGUUACAGUUACACAGGGCAUGGAUAUGACUGUUGAUCAUGAAGGGGAUGAGACGGAGCAGAAUCAAGAGAGGACUAUCACAUUGGACGAAUCCGACUCCUCGGACCAUGAGUUCGAAGAAGAAGAAUCCAUUCUGGCUUCGAUGAACUUGGGUAAAGCACGACGCCCAGAGUCUCGCCCAAAACAAGCUACGAAGUGGGCUGCUAUGCAAUCGCCGUUUGAUAAACUUAAGCAGGAAGUCAGAAGCCAGCAGCAACAGCAGCAGCAGAAGGCGACAUCACGUAGAUUGUCGAUUGAUUCGAUGGACGAGGAUGAGUCUAUGACCCCACCACGGCUCCCAGCAGGUAUGGAAGGUAUAAGCUUCGAUACAAAAUCAUCGUCAGCCUUCGAUCCGCCUACCACCCCAGAAGUACUCCGCCAAAAGCUAUCUCGUCGUCCCGUAGCAUCCUCCCGAGUUCUUGAUUCCUUCGAAGAUGACGACUCUCCUUUCGCUCCACAAACUACCCGUCAAGCCCCGACUUCCAAACUGCCAACAAGAAGAGCAGACCCAAUUCUUCAUCAAACUGCAGAUACAAACUGGCGUAUCCAAGCUACUCCGCACAAAACACCCCGCAAGUUCGCCACGGCAACAGUAACCCCAAAACACCGGGUUAUCCCUUCAUUCGAGGACUCUUCUCCCAUGUCGUCUCCACCUCCGCCACAGAUCACCACUGUAUUUUCACCUGUUAACACAAUAAAACGUUUUAACAUCCAACCGCGCCCAAAAGCAGGCACUCAGCCUACCUACCAAGCAUAUAAAGAUCCAAAGACUCCCAUUACUGCAAAGAAACGCUGGGACACAUUAGACCCUAAAACAAUGACAGCUAAAGACCUAUUAAUGGAUGACGAAUUUGAUUUUGACGACGAUGAGGAUGAUUUCAAGAAGUUGGGUUUCAGCCCACCCGUUACAAUGCAGUUUACUCUACCACCUUCCAAAUUGAUGCAAACACCCGCGAAAAAGGCAUCGAAGAUGCUGGUGAAUGAUAUCAUGAAGUCUGCUGGGUUCAGGGCGGGGUUUGCUGGAGGUGAUGAUACACAAACUACAACGGAUAAUUCAUUAGGAGAUAGCCCGAGCAUGUUUAGAGGGAAGAGCCCGGAUUUUGAUUUCGACGAUUAA